AUGAAGGGCUGGUACAAAGGCCCUAUGGAUUAUGACAUGAUGUACAUGGGCCCUAUGGGGCCCAUGGGACCGAUGCCCAUGCCCAUGAUGGGCCCCAUGUUCUUUGGAAAGGGCUACAUGGACUAUGGCAAGGGCCCAAUGGACGGCUUCAAAGGCUUCGGUAAGGGCUACGUUGCUCCGAAGGAGGCGAAAGGCCUCGUCAGGUCAAUUGUGUCCUCUCAGGUGGUCCCGGGAACUGGUGGCAAGUGGAAUAACGAUGAGAAUACGCUUUUCGUUGGUGGGCUGCCGCCCGACACCACGAAUCUUGAGAUGUACCAGAUCUUCUCUGCCUUCGGGCCUAUUGCCCCGCGGGGAGCGACUGCUCUCCUCGAUAAAGACACAGGAAACUGUACCGGCAUUGGCUUCAUCAACUACAUGUCCGCCGAGGCUGCCGAGAAGGCCAUCCGCUCUCUCAACAGCUUCCCGUUCACAGAUGGCACGCGGCUGACAGUCAAGAAGAAGGGCCCUCCAAAAAAGGGCGAAGGCAAAGGUGAAGGCAAAGACAAGGGCGAUAAAGGUAAAUGA